GUCGGGCUCCGCAGCUGGCGGUUUGAGUUCCGCGGCGGUUGUGGCGGUUGCUGCGGCUCUGCACCCAGGAUCCGGAUGGAGGCGGCACGGGAUCCAGGCCCGGGGCUAUGCUGCAAGCCCGGCGGGCGUCUGGACAUGAGCCACGGCUUCGUACAUCACAUCCGCCGGAACCAGAUCGCUCGGGACGACUACGACAAGAAGGUGAAGCAGGCGGCCAAGGAGAAGGCGAGGAGGCGCCACACACCCGCGCCCACUCGGCCCCGCAAGCCGGACCUACAGGUGUACCAGCCGCGCCACCGAGAUGCCUCUGCCCACCUAGUCAACCCAGACUGUGAGGAGUCCGGUGAAAGCAGCAGUAGUGGAAGCUCUGAGCUGGAGCCUCCUGGGCGCCAGCUCUUCUGUUUAGAAUAUGAGGCGGACAGUGGAGAGGUCACAUCAGUUAUUGUAUAUCAGGAUGAUGAUCCCAGAAGGGUGAGUGAGGAAGUGUCAGCACACACACCUCUGGAUCCAGCCAUGCAAGAGGCCCUCAGAUUGCGCAUCCAGGAAGAGCUCGCAAAGCGCCAGAGGCAACACUGACCGGGCUGAAGGCGUUCAGGCAGGCUUCACUGCACUUGGCAGAAUUCACCCAGGGAGCUCACCUCUAGUUUGGGGGUACCAGGACCAGUCUAUAUGAUCUUCAGGGAUCCUUGUUCUCCCUUUCCAAGCUGCUGUAUCCACAAGGGUGUUGCAGGACCACAUCUGGCCUACCUCCAGCAGCCAUUCCUUCUUGUAUAUUGGCCCAUUUGUCUGAGCUAACAUUCUGGAACUUUAUGACAGUUUUGGAUAACUUGGUAUCUUGGGAGCAGAGACUUCAGGGAGAACCAGGGCUUAUGAAGCCUUUACCCACAUGCUGCUGUCUUGAUGAGGUCCUUUGCCAGGCCCUUUCAUGAGCCAUACUUGUUAUUCUGUGGUUCUUUGAUGUUUGUGCUUUCUUCCACACAUCGUCCCUGGACUGGUUGUCACUUGUCCUUUCUCCUACCUUUUUGCCAUGGGUACACUCAUUCCCCCCACCUUCCCAACGUGACUGUUUCUCUACCACUCAGGAAUUUGGAAGUGGGGGUUCUGGGGGCCUGCCUUCCUCACAAGUUCUCCAAGUAAUUCUGAUGCCAAUAAAACAGGGGAACUUUG